AUGUUGCGAAGCCUUGUUGGUCUGCUCGAUGAAGGCGUGAAAGGCAGCCAAACAGACAAACAUGGGCCGGACACGUACCGAUUACACGCAGAACAUGCAAAUAGGACAGAGGAUAACUUUCAUUCACGCGGGACUGUAGGUGUUGCUGAAGCAUGUUAUGACGCCAGCGUCAACUUGGAGCGCGGUAUUCGUUCGAAUGCGGUGAUCAUCAACACUUUGGACGGAGGCGGCUACACGAGAGGUGAGCGGAACAGGUCAUUUCUUGAUCAGAUUGAAAGAAAAUUGUGUGAAAUUAAUCGAAUUGUCGACGAGGCCACUGUAGAGAUGACAGACACACUGAAGCAACAGACCAAUCCCACAAUACUGCAUAAAAAAUGCAGACAAGAAUCAGCAGUAAACGGGUCGACAGGUGAAGUUAAGAUUGCCCCAAAGGAGGUUUCCGUGCAUAAUGACAUUGUUCAGCACAAGUUGAAUGUCAUUUUUAGGCUGGAAAAAGAGUUGUCCUCUUUAAUUCAUGAAUUACGACGAAAGCAUAAUGAACAUGGCAUUUCACCUCUAUUGCCAAAAUUGGCUUCAACCGUGAGCAAUCUAUCCAACUUUAGCACCGACGCUUUGGCAGUGAAAGCGCCCAACUACAGAGUGCCCUUGUUCGCGGAAAACCUCAGCUAUUCGCCAAAAGUGAUUAAUGAAGCAGUUGGGGUGCAUCAUACUUUCCGGCUGGAAAAAGGCAUAUCAUCUGACGCCAACCCAAAACCCGAAAUAGGUUUUGGAAUCGAGCGAACUCCGACGCCGAUGUUCCGCUCGUUCAGCAGCCAUGAGUCGAAUCAACUGUCAAGCAGCACCCAAAUUGACACAGAACCGAUAGUGGCAUUUGGAUUGGCAGACAACCGAUUGGAAGUGGACAAAAGUGAAGGCUCUGACAAGAAGGCAAUACCCGUUUUAGUUGAGCCGCACAAAAGGGAUGAAGAAGGCGAACGAGAGGAUAAAAUUAAGAUAGUGUCUGAAGCCGGAUUGAAUCUGACGGACUCAUCAACUAUGGCACAAAAGUGCCGGCCAGAUUCAAAUAGUAAUUCCAUACUUUCAGAAAUUUUGCGGUUGCCAAGCCUUAGGCACAUUUCCUUCGAUGUCAGCAUGGCAGAACCAGAAAUGAGAGAAUCAUUCAGAAUAGUUCAACCGUUCGUUUGUCCUGACGCUUCCGACAGCCUCCAGAGGGAUUUUUCGGUACUCAAGAGACUAACAAGUCAAGAGUACAGUGAUAAUGCAAUCAUGAUUACCACUCUCGACUUGGUCGAUCAGGUACUUGCAAACGUCUCAUGCGAUAUGCUGGCCAUGCUGGAUAGUUUUGCCAGUCUGACAUUUUCAGUGUCUACAAAAGAGAUAAAUCCACCAAGUUUGACGUAUCGACCAACGGUUGAAACGAUCGAAACGGAACCUCCAGACCUCGAAGUGAGGGUGAUUGGACCAGACGUUUUGCCUAUUUCCGAAUGCAAUGCAACUGCACACGGCUUGACGCAACCGCUGCUUCUUGACAGUCAAAAUGAGGCGAGUCCGCGCAUCAGUGAAACACUCGAUCUUUGCCCACGACUCUCUUCGGAUUCGUUGUCCACCGUCAAGCCUGAAGAAGAAAAGUCCAGCUCAGAAAGCAGGGACACAGAAGAGUCGCCUCAAACUUCCAACAAAGAAAGUUGCAAAUCAAGUGGGGAGUAUAGUAACGAAGAGAAGUCUGAAGUGGAGCAUGAGUCAGACAAGAUGACGGUCAGCAAUGUGCCCUCUUUAAAUACGUCUGGCUUUAUUGCCCGAAAUGGUGGUUACAACGAACGGGAGGUUGAAGAAUAUAGCAAUAAAAGAAUUAAAGCUUUGCCCCAGAUUGAUAAAUACUUACCUCAAUACAGUAUUGAACUUAGCCCUUCUGAUGACACUACUUCGGCCAGCAGCAUCACUUCAAGUCCUAACAAAUAA